GAGGCGGGUCCCGCAUGUCGCGUAGCAGCGGGGACGCGGAGGCGGGGCCAUGGCGGAGGCACCCGAGCAGGCCCGGGCCGAGGCGGCGGCCGGCGCGGAGGAGACCGUGAAGAUCAUCUGCCUGGGCGACAGCGCCGUGGGCAAGUCCAAGCUGCUGGAGAGGUUCCUGCUCGACGGCUUCCGCCCCCAGCAGCUCUCCACCUUCGCCCUGACGCUCUACAAGCACCGCGCCCGCGUGGACGGGCGGGCGGUCCUCGUGGACUUCUGGGACACAGCUGGACAGGAGAGGUUCCAGAGCAUGCAUGCAUCCUAUUACCAUAAGGCUCAUGCUUGUAUCAUGGUGUUUGAUGUGCAGCGGAAAGUCACCUACAAGAACUUGAACAGCUGGUACAAGGAGCUGAGGGAAUUCCGCCCAGAGAUUCCGUGCAUUGUGGUGGCCAAUAAAAUUGAUGCGGAUAUGAAGAUGACCCAGAAGAGCUUCAACUUUGCCCGGAAGUUCAGUUUGCCCUUUUACUUUGUGUCUGCUGCAGAUGGCACCAAUGUAGUGAAGCUCUUUAAUGAUGCCAUCAAACUGGCAGUUGCUUACAAACAGAAUUCAGGAGAUUUCAUGGACGAGGUCAUGCGAGAACUGGAGAGUGACUCCAAAUGCUGUUCUGUGUGGUUCCACUCUGUACCUGGCUGCAGCAGCGGCAGAAGGAACACAGGCCAUAGGGACCCAGCAGCUGGAAACACCAGCCAGGUACUGGUGGGAGUGCUCUGGGGGUGUGUGCAGUUCACUAGUGAACUUGAAGCUGGACUAGCUCAUGAGCAAGAGGAGACAUAGACCUGGAAAGACCUAAGGUCUGUGCCAGCUACUGGGUAAGUAGCUUGACAUCCAGCCACAGAUAUUAACUGAACUUAAUUCCCAUGCUCAUAUUUAAGGGACCCAUGAAUAUGUUGUGCUUGCGAAUCUAGGGAGUGGUGUAUGUGUAUGUUCCAGUCCUGAUCAGCUGGAGAGGAAGAUGAGGACUGGGUCCUGCUUUUUGUGUUAAGUGGGCGCUGGGAAAGGUCCUGCUCUAUGCUAAUUUGGUUUGCUAUUCAUGCCUCUGAAGUAUGUGUGCAUGUUCUUGAAUGUGAUCUGGCUCUUUAGAAGCCCAACUAAGCAACUCUUGUACUUGUCCAUGGGAACAGCAGUCACAUCCAUUGGGUCAAGACAGGAGAAACCUCCUGAGAAUGAGAGUGCUCCUAAUUCAGCUCCAGCUCUUCUGCAAGGAGGAAUUCCCUGGGAGCACACACACAGCAUGCACAGAUUACAUGCACAAAAAUAUUGUGUGCACACACUGUGCUCGCACACAGGGUGCAUGGAGACACAUAUGGGGUACAAAGAGAAGGUGCAGUGCACAACCAGAGUGUGCACACCCAGACUCUAAAACACCCUUCUUGAGCACGAGGGCAAUGCAGAAUGUUCCCAUACACACAGAGUGCCUGUGUGUUCAAAACUGGCUGACACACACACACAGAGAACACAUACACAUGCAGUGCAUGCGCACCCUACAGUAUGCAUACAUGCAGAAUGCACCCACCCCUACACCCUGCACACAGUGUGCACCCCCCCAUCUGCCCACAUGCAUGCUCACAGCAUACCCCAGUGCUGCAUGCCAUGUAGAAUCCACCUCCCAUAGGUGCACAUGCAAACUCACCUAUGCGUGCAUGCACACAUGCGUGUCCACGCACACCUACAGGCAUAUACACAUGCCCACACUUCAUACAUGCAGAGAUGCAGAGAGAAGCACCUGUGCUUUGUGCAGCAUCCCUAGUCCUACUGUACUCUUAUUUUGGAUAAACUGAACAGAUAGAGUCCUUCAGGACAUUCUU